AUGGCGAGCUUUUUCAGCUUGCCAGACCUAUCGGCGGGAAGUUCGGAAGAGAAAGCAGCUCGCAUCAAUCAGGUUCUUGGGGAGAUCCAUGACGUCCUCACCAGAGACGAAGAUGUUUCAAAGCGAGUCAGAUAUCAUGUUAAAGAGCGGGGCGAAAAUGACCGAAUUCGUCUUGCGAAAAUCUUUGCCUUCAAGGAACCUGACCGGGAUACCAUGACAGUGUUGAACCAAAAUUUCGCAAGCUGGGAGGCAUCUCCCCACACUUUCUGGACUCGACCAGCAGUGCCAAUGCCUUGCCCAUUUACGUCAAUUGCACUUCAAUCACGUAUUGUUCGCAGACUUCUUUGUGUCCUUCUGGAAGAGUUACGGAUUCUCAAUCGUGGUAUUUCGACCGGAGAGACGGCAAAGAUGCUAAAUGAACUGGACGCAGCUAAUUAUCAGUAUGACGAGGUGGAGAGCACGGUGGAAGAAAUGCUCCGGGCAGGAUCCAGGUAUAGAAAUUUGGAGAAUGCAUUGGGUCAUGGUGUUCUGUUCGUUCUUGGGAAAGAUAUAUCGGAGACUUUGUGA